UGAGUGGUUGUGGCGGUCGUAAUAGAAUCGCAGUGAAUAUUUUUGUGCAAAAACAGCGAGGUAGUUUUGGGUCGAUUGUGAUAUAAAUCAUACGUUUCUGUUAGUCAUGUGUAUAUAAGUUCAACAAAAUGAUUAUUGAACAAGUCGAUGCUUUUAAAAGUUGGCUAACAGCUGUUCUCAGGCCGAUGUGUGAAGCUGACCCAGCUGCUUUAGCUAAAUACGUGCUGGCAUUAAUUAAGAAGGAUAAAUCAGAGGAAGAACUGAGGAAAAGUAUGGUGGGUCAGUUGGAUGUAUUUUUGGAAGGAGAGACUGAAUCAUUUGUGGAUUUAGUUUUCCAAACGUUGAACACAAAAGACUAUAUUAAUACGCCAGUUAUACCAAACGCGAAUCCCCCAAAUCCGAAUGUUGUAAAAUCUACCAAAGAACAGCCGAAGGAAUCAAAAAUGAUUGUGCAGCCCAGCGAGCUGCCGAAUCUGAACGAGGCCAUCAACGGGGCUGCAAAAAAGGAAGCCGAGGCCAGAAGGGACAGAGAAUUGAGGAAAAAUUCAGACGCAGAGCGGGAGGACAGGCCACUUCGCAGGAGAUCCCCGCGACACCGUUCUUUGUCAAGGAACCGCUCCAAGUCACGCUCACGGUCGUGGGACCGAUUGAAACGUUCCCGUUCCAGGGAGAAGUCCCGGGAACGCGAGCAGCACCGCUUGGACCGCGAGAAGAGAGAACGUAACAGGCCCUGGAGGAACAAGUCGCCUUUGAGAAGAUACGAGCGCAGGAGGUCCAGAGCUUCUCGAACGCCGUCCCCGAUCAGGCCCAGGUCUCGAUCCAGGAGCCCCCGACACUCCCACCGUGGCCGUUACAGGACCAGAGCGACGGCGAGCCGCAGCAGGUCCCGUUCGCUGGAAAAGAGAGACAGACGAGACUCUUUGAAAGAGAAGGAGAAGGAACCGUCGAGACCCGGCACCCCGACGCAAGACUCGAAUCACGGUGACAUGGAUUUGCGCCUUACCAACAGCACGCAGAGUAUACAGAGUGUCGUGGUGCAGCAGGGCAGCAAGAAACGUUGCAGGGACUUUGACGAGAAAGGUUACUGCAUGCGAGGGGAGAUGUGUCCGUUCGACCACGGCAUCGAUCCGGUGGUUCUGGAGGACGCCACGCUAACCAGGGUGUUAUCGUAUAACCCCAAUGGUACACCGGUGGUCGUACCGUCUGGGGUUAUACCUACACCAGUGCUUAAUGCUCCAGGUCACCCCAUGCUGGGCCAGAGACAUCCGGUGCCCCAGGACAACCCGUACAAUCCGCAGGCCCCGCAGAUCUGGAGGGACGCCAGGUUCAGGGGGCCACGGCCGCUCGGAAUACCAAGGGUGCCCCCGCUCGGCGCCUUUCCGCAGCAGCCGAACAUGAACCGCGAGCUGAUCCCCGUGCCCGUGAUGGACCAGAAGCAGCCGGAGGGCUACACGCCCAUCUACAACCAGCCCCCCAACUUCAUGAACAACAUGGACCACGAGAACAUGUACAAAAAGAAAGCGUUCGACUUCAACCGCCUCGGUCCCCGCUCCAAGAACCUCCAGAACUGCUCGCUGGAGCUGAAAAAGGUGCCGCAGGGCGUGAACAGCAUAACGCACCUCAACAAUCACUUCUCCAAGUUCGGGAAGAUCGUCAACAUCCAGGUACAGUUCGAGGGCGACCCGGAGGCGGCGAUCAUAACGUUCUCGACGCACGCCGAGGCUAACGCCGCCUACAGGAGCACCGAGGCGGUGCUGAACAACCGCUUCAUCAAGGUGUUCUGGCACAGCCCCAACGCGGGCGCGGAAGGUAAACAGGAAAACGUGCCGCCACCUCCGCGAUCCAUAAAGGACCGUCUCGGCACGCAGAACAUCGUGGCGCCCAACACUAAUAAAGUUUUGAAUUUAGUCCAGCCCAGGGCGGACGCGAGCAACGGCACGGCCGCCGCCGACGCCCAGGAGCUGGAUCCGGAGGCGGCGAAGGCCGUCGCGAAGGAGAAUAAGGAGGAGACCAAGGCGCAGGCGACGGCGGCCAUCAAGAAGAACCAGGAGUUGCUCGCGGCGCAGGCGAAGGUCAAUAAGAACAAGGACGUGCAGCGUAAGGAGGUGCUGAAGAUACAGAACGACCUGAGGAAGAGGAAGCAGGAGCUGUUGGAGAAACAGUUGUCGCAGCAGAAGGUGCUCAUCGAGAAAAUGGAGAAAUUGCCGGCCGGGCCGCAGCGCGACAUCAUCAAGGACACCAUAAAGAAGACCCAGGAGGCGAUAGAGGACAUCAAGAAGGACAUAGAGGCGGCCACCCUGCUGGCCAAAUCGGUGCCGCAGAAGAAGACGAAGGAGGAGGCGCAGCGCGAGCUGCUGGACACCGAGUUAGAUCUGAUAACGAAACAGCAGGAGGGCGCCGACACUUCGGAGAUACAGAAGAAGCUGCUGGAGCUGAGGGCCAAGGUGGCGAGCGUCAGGGGCAGGGGAAGGGGGGCGCGCAGGUACACCCCCCGGCACCUGUUGACCAAGAAUAACCUCGUCGAUAAUACAAAAUUGAAAGGGGUAACGAAGCCCCUGAACCGAACUCCCUCGAUGACGGCCCUGUCGACAGUCCCCCCUUUCCAGAAGCAUACGGUCGAUCACCGUCCCACCCGCCUCCUGGUGUCGGGUUACGAGACCGACGAACAGGACAGCGUGUUGAACCACUUCCAGCAAUACGGCGAGAUCGUGGAUUACGUCGUAGACGCCUCGCUGCCCAGCCUGACGCUGAACUACAAGACGCGUAAAGAGGCCGAAAUGGCGCUGUUGAAGGGGAAGAAUUUCCAGGAUCGCACGUUGUCCAUAACGUGGAGCAACAAGCAGUUGAGCAGGCAGAGGAGCGGCGGGUCCUCCACGAGGACCGUGCUCAUGUCGGAGACCGAGGAAGACCAGUUGAUCGAUCAGAGCUUGUUGGAAGGCGACGAAGAGCUGGGUCCUGAGAUAUCGGAGGAAGCGUUGCUCCAGGACGACGAGGAAGAAGAGGACGAAGACCGUUCCUGGAGGCGAUAGUCUUUUAUCACCACCUUUUUUUAUACACUUGGCAGUUUGCGUGUUUUUUUUCUAAAUAUGAGGCCAUAUUAUAGGUUUUAGGGAACUGCCGGACGGCGAUAAAGCAAAGAGUGACUUUUUUAUCACGUGUAAUGUACAAAGCAUUGUUAUAUUUCCUUUCUAGAGAUCAUCGUAUAGAAUGAUGUAUUAAUUUUUUUUUCCUUAUCAAUUGGUGAAUAUUUUGUACUAUAGUUUGCGCACUAGAUAUGUAAGCCGGAAAUCUCCCUGGCGAGCCGCCGUCGAGAUUUUCGGUGACUUUUUUUUUGUUUGUAUAUUCUAAGGAUGUUAAUAUGAAACAUUUAAGAUGACUAUGAGAUAAUAAGAAAUAAACGGGUGCCCC